ACUAUCUUAUAGAUGAAAGUUUAACUUUGAAAGUUAAAUCAGAUUAAAAAAUAUAUUAAAAGAGCUGUACUCUAAUUGUGUUUCGAUGUUUUUUAUGCACCAGCCCCUAAUUAUUAGAGACAAUGUCUAUCAACUGUAAUCUUCCAUUCUGAGCUGCUGGGAACUCCGACAAGCCCAACUUUUUGGUUCUUUUCCGUUCAGACUUUUUCCGUCCGUUGCACAAAGUUCCACUGUUAUCAAUGAAAUUUAAACAGAACAUAUCUUUUAUUCAAAUUUUUUAUUGUUGAUCACAAACCAAAAAUGCACACAUGCUACAAAAAGAUUUCAACAGGACAGUUUCCAUUUCAAAGACCUUGCAAGCUUGAAAAAUAUUCAUUACUUUCUAACAUUAACUUUUAUUGAGUGUAAUCUAAAACUAACACAUGUAAUAAGCAGGGCUACAUUCACAUCCAGUAUUAACACUUGUUUACAUCCUGAAAGAACCUUGGAAAGAAGCUGUCCAAAUUUAUUCGUUGCGACGACCGAACAGCUAACAUGGCUGGUCUCCACGGCUUUUUCCUGACGCUGACACUGGCUGUGAUCGUCACAGCAGAAUACGCACAGGAAGGAGGAAUGUUCUCGCUGAAGUGCGAGUCCGCGGACCCGGUGCAGUACUGGAUGCUGCACGGCAGGGGCGCGGCGUAUGAGGCGGGCCUCUCAUACGUGGACAUCAGCGUCGACCGCGACGGUGUACUUCGUUUCGCGGAAGUAAAGAAAGAACACGCGGGCGACCACCUCUGCGUGACCGGAACCUCAGGUGUCUCAGGCGGCACCCGAGGCGUCGUCGUCCAUAUGAGAAUUCGGCCCAAGCCAUCCGAGAACCUCUGGCAGGAUAUGUACAAGGCGCAGUUCGUGACGGCGCUCAUCUCAGCGCUGGUGUGCGCCUUCGUCUUCACCGCGGGCUGCCUGGUCUUCCGCUACCGCUACAGAGAACCCAAGCCUGAAUUGCUGCGAGAUGAGGAAGAUGGUGGACAUAACAACCCAGCUCUUGACGUUAAGUCGGAGUCGUGCGGCGCAAUGAUGCAUUAGGGCCGUCCGCAAAGCUCAUGUCGAUCAUUUGCAUCCAAAACUCAAUGGUUGUUCAGUUUUAUUUUCCGUAUUGCAUGAUUUCAUAUUUCAAAAACUGCGUUUAGUUCUGAUAUUAACACAUUAAGUUAAUUCAAAUCAUUCAUCUAAUUGUCACUCAAGGGUUACAUCCCGAAAACGCGGAUUAAGUCGCGCACAUCCGUUUGUAUCCUUAUUAAGUUGAUCGAACCGGAGCCAAGAGUUUGCAAUCUAUAAUAUAACAAAAUUGAAAAUAAGCAAUUCAUGAUGUGCUCAGUUGUCUGAAAUUACUUAAUUAUUCAGCAUGCCGCUCUGACAAUACGUCGUCGUCACUACGGUAAUAUUAUAUUUUUCUCUCUGGUGUGUUCACAGUAUUUGUAAUUACUGAUUAUCGUCUGUACAGCGCUAUAAUAAUCUGUCUCAUCAUCUAGUGGACAGAGAGCUGCCUCAAGAGGCCCAUUCGUUUAAACCAUAAAUUGGCAACGCCUCUCAUAAAUUUCUUAAGCACUUUUCUCUUUCGUUAAUAAUAGAUCUAUUUUCCAACCAACUUUUGCCUUUAGAUUUUCGGUGGACUCUCAGUAAACAGCUCUUCACUUUCAUUUCUAGACACCAAUUCCUACAACUCCAUUAUUUGCAUUGGUAAUUUAUUGUACAGGCAUUUGGCUUCCAAUAAGGAAUAGGUUGUGAAGCCUUCAGAAUUAAAUAUUUAAAGCAAUAUAUAGAGUUGCAGGCUUUUAAUUUAUUUUAAUGGCAAUACAUAAUGCAUAAUACAUAAUGGCAUCAGCGCAAAGCCAGACUCCUUUUUUCCACUUGUCUUGUUAAUAGACUCAUUUAUGAUUUACCCUUUUCAAUAAGCAACAUGUUUGAACUUUUAAUUCUUUUUCUUCUGCUAUCUGCGAUAGAUUAAUCUCUAAAUUUGGAUUUGCCCGCCUAUAUUACCAGGAAUAUUUGUUAUUACUCAUUGGGAACGUCAUAACAAUUAAUUGUUAAUUAGUAUUACUACGCAAUAGGAAUAAGAUUAUAAUUCAUUGAUAAUUGUUAUAACUAUGCAAUAGGAACGAGAUAAUAAUUCAUUGAUAAUUGU